AUGCUGCUGCCCAUCGUAAGAGUUCUAUUUGAAUUGAUAUGCAAGCAACCGGCCGAUAGCGAGGAUGACGAAUUGGAUGGCAAUAGUUAUGCGGAGGGGGCCAUUAAUGGAGCCGGCUAUCCAAAGUACGAACAAUCUUACUCGUCGGGCAGCCUAUUAUGCAUGAGCACUAUCUCUGAGGGUUGCAUGGAGAUCAUAUGCAAGCAAUACUUGGAAGUAAUGUUGAAUGUCAUCAAAACGGGCACACAGGAUCCCGAUUUGAGUGUGCGCGGUGCUGCUUUCUUUGCCCUGGGUCAGUUCUCGGAGAAUUUUCAGCCUGAUAUCAACAAAUAUUCUCCAGAAAUAUUGUCAAUGUUUUUGGAAUAUCUUCGCCAGUUGAUAGGGGAUAAGAAACGAGGAACGGUACCAAUAACCAAACAUGUGGAUCUAUUGUUUUAUGCCUUGGAAAAGUGUUGCGAAUCAAUGGACGAGAUGAUUGACCAUCACUUACCCGGGGUAAUGGAUUGCCUCUUUAAAGCCUUGAAUUCACCACACACGCUUACAUUGAGGUCCUAUUGCUUGUCGGCUCUUGCUUCUGUUUCUGGUUCGGGCAAGCUUAUAUUGCCGUAUUUUUCUCAAAUUGUCGCAGUGAUGCAGAAUUAUUUGGUCAAGGACUGUGAUGAGGAGAUCGGUCGGCUACGUAUUAUAGCUAUCAAUACAUGGUCAGUUUAUGUUCGAAUCGUGGGCGAUGAAUUUAUGGCGCCUUAUUGCAACGAAUCGAUGGGCUUUUGCCUACUGAUGUUAUCAAAAGGUCCGGAUGAUCCAGAGGUUCGAUUUGCCGUUUACCAUCUUCUCGGAGCCCUUUCCAAUGUUUAUCGGGAGAAUAUGGCUGGAUAUCUACCCAAGAUAAUGGAUCGCAUCCUUCUAUCUGUUGUAUCACCAUGCGGUAUUCUGGCCGGAGGCAAGGAUUGCGGAGAUAAAAAAGACGUUGAUGGCGACGAUUUUGAUGAUAUGGUGGAAAAUGAUUACGUCACUGAAAUGGAGGAGGCGAUGUUUGCCCUCAAAGAAUUUUCAGAAACUACGGGCGCUGCUUUUGCCCCUUAUCUGCAGGCGGUGUUUGAGAAUGUAUAUAAAGUGAUUGAACAUCCGUUACCAUCAGUACGAAAGGCGUGUGUUGAGAGUCUCUCCUAA